CAUUACCUUAACACAAUUUCGAAUUUGACCACUACAUUCGUACUCUUCACAAGUGCCUUUUGAUUUACGUUGUGGGCGUCGGGUAGCCACAACGUCUGCGCACAUUAAUAAGAGCGAAGGAGUCCUAGAAUAUACGUGUACGGCAGUUUAGUCAAAUAACUCUUAUCUUCAACGCCCAAUCUUCAAGGACGGGGAUAGGCAAUUGGUAUCUAACUACAGGCCGGAUACAUUUACGGGGUCACCGCAAAAAGGUGCUCAAACCAAGGACGAUUAAAAUACGUGCAGAAUUUAGAUUCUCUCACAGAGUGGUCAACGAUUGGAACUCCUUACCUGAUUCAGUAGUAUCAGCUCCAUCGGUGAACGCUUUCAAAGAGAAGUUAGAUCUCUGCAAAGAUAUACUUUGCAAGGAUUAAUACAGGCCAAAAGAGCCUUCUAUCCUUAUCAUCUGAAUCUGAAUGUGAAACUCACGCAACAAAUUGGUGAGCCCGACGUGACAUUUCGACAGCGACGACAAGUUGGUGUCCUUGACGAUAACUGGUUCACCCCGACGACAGAUUGUUCACCGCGACGAUAACUUGCUGACUCCGACGACAUUUUGUUCACCCCGACGCAUCAUUACACUUGAUGGAUUAUUUAAACUCUAACUUUAUUGGAUCUAUAUAUGUCCAUAUAAGAGACAUUUCGAACUCUUUCUUGUGCUUUCUCAUCGCACAACUUGCAGUAAUCUGCGGACUAUUAAUUUCUCGACCAGUACAUAACAAUAAUUUGGCGACGGGGAUGGGAUAAUGAGAAAAAGAUUGGAAUUUUGCAAGAAAAUCUUACUGAAAUCAAACCUCUUAGUCUUUAUUCUGAUGUAAUACCACAGCCAAAAAAGAUACAGCUCUUCGUGAAAUGGAAGUGGCUCUCCAAGAUGAUCAGACAUUUCUAACACGCCCCAUGGUAAGUAUACAAAGGGAUAUCGCUCAACCAAAUACACCUGUACCUGGUAGUUCAGAUUCUGUUACGGAUCAAAUAUCAGCAACACCUGCUCUAAUGAAUUCAUCUUCAGUUGUUGGAAAUCCAUCAGUUUCUGGAUCACCUCGUACAUCAGCAAGUAGAACAAAGCCUGUGACAUCUAGUGGUGGACCUACACCAACUGCCGGUGCAGGGACUGGGGCAUCUGAAGGUGUCCUAGCCAACUUCUUUAACAGUUUACUUAGUAAACGCGGAACAUUAGGAGAAGGUGGGUCAGGACUGGAUGAUGAGAGAUUUUCGCCCUUUCGUAAUGCAUGA